UUGUAUCUCUCUCUGUCUCAAAGAAUCAUUAUGCGCCGUACGUCAGACAAUAUCAAACAUACGCAUCCAUGGUGGAUGAUCAUUCGAUACAACCGAAAAGAGAGCCAUCCAUCCAUGGAUCAGGUUAGACUCUGCGUGCUUCUGACGCGCAGAAAAAGAGAGACGAAUGUCGACGCGAUACAUCACAAGGACGGAUCCAUCGAAUCUGUCUGACGUAGUAGCAGUGAACACAGUCAGGCGGAUCAGCGAUCCAGCUGCAGCAGGCUGGAACUGCAGUUCAGGUAGCUAGCCACGACGCACGGCGAGCAGGACACGUUGGCACCAGGUGUCAUGCCGGCGAAGCUCAGCGCUGCCACGCCGGUCUUCUCCCCGUCGGCUAGCUCCCUCCCUCUUCCGCUUCAUCCGUUGCAUGCGGUCUCUCUCCAGCACUUGUUACCUGAUAGUACCAAGAAGAAGAAGAAGAAAGAAGAAGAGGAGGAAGAAGGAGGCAGCAAUGGGAUCAGAGACGUUCUUGGAGAUCCUGCUGGCCAUCCUGCUGCCGCCCGUCGGAGUCUUCCUCCGCUACGGCAUCGGGGCGGAGUUCUGGAUCUGCCUGCUGCUCACCAUCCUGGGCUACAUCCCCGGCAUCAUCUACGCCGUCUACGUCCUCGUCGCAUGAAUCAAUCGGAUCCCCUCCAUCCGUACGCAGCCCGUGCUAUGUAUGUAGUUAGCUUUGUUUGUUUGCAUCAACUGCUUCUCGUCUCCAUUUGCUUAUGGUCCUUGCCUCCAUGAAUGGGAGGAGGAAACUAGCUAGCUCCAUGUAUCAUGUACUGUGCUACUCAGCCGGUUGACAUGGAUUUGGAAUGUACUACUACUUCUGAUGAUGCAAACCGAUGAUGCAGUGCAACGUU